AUGCUGACGCAGCCACCUCUACCACCAAACCUCAUCUUCAACCGUCCAAUACACAAACAAACAAACCACCCCCCGUACGACGACGACGACCCGAUGGCCGACGAUAACAGGCGAGUCUGGAUCCCCGAUGCAACCGAGGGCUUCCUUGCCGGCUGGGUCAAGUCCGAGCCGUCCGCAGGCGAUGCUGCUGCGGAUGCGACGGCAGAGGUAGUCGUGUCGGCUACUGGUGAGAUGCGCACAGUACCGACACACUCCCUCUCGCCCAUGAACCCGCCCCAAUUCGACGGCGUCGAGGACAUCGCCGAGCUCACCCACCUCAACGAGGCCAGUGUUGUCAACAACUUGCGAUCACGAUAUGGCGCAGGCAGCAUCUACUCUCUUCCUCAUCUCCCUCAACCCCUACCGCCCCCUUCCGAUCUACACUUCCACCAUUGUCUCCCAAUACCGAUCAAAGCGGAGAGAAGAGAACCCUCCUCAUAUUUUUGCCGUCGCCGAGCGAGCUUGGCAGCAGAUCGGCGAGGAGAGGGAGAGCCAGUCGAUCCUGAUUACUCCGGUGCAGGCAAGACGGAGAACACGAAGAAGGUCAUUCAGUACCUCGCCGCGAUCGCCAACACGAAUGAGCCGUCCAGCUCGGGAGCAUCGGCGCCGCUCUCCGGCUUACCGCGAUCGUCCAGCUUCAAGGGCCGGGCUGCCGAGGAGCUCUCUGUUGCUCCAAGGAGCGACGGCGAGCUCGGCCUGCUCGAGCGACAGAUCCUGCAAGCGAACCCGAUCCUCGAGUCGUUCGGUAACGCGCAGACGAUGCGCAACAACAACUCGUCGCGUUUCGGAAAGUUCGUACGCAUCUUCUUCUCGCCGUCCGGUGCCAUCGCCGGAGCCAACAUCGACUGGUAUCUCCUGGAGAAGAGCCGUGUCACGCAGCGUGCUGCUGGCGAGCGCAACUUCCAUGUCUUCUACCAGCUCCUGAAGGGAGCCAAGGAGGCUGGCUUUGCCGACCGCCUUCUGCUCACUGAGGGACCAGAGAAGUUUGACAUUCUCAACAAGACGCGGCUCGAGAUUGAUGGUGUCGACGACCUGGCCGAGUGGCGCUUGCUGAAGGAGGCCCUCGACGUUGUCGGUUUCUCCGAGGAGGAGCAGUUCGAGCUCUUCCGCAUCAUCGCCAUCAUUCUGCACAUCGGCAACAUCGGCCUGACCGCGACCAACGCCGACCAGGCACUCAUGCCACCAGAGUCCCAGCCUGUUGUUGAGAAGGUCUGCCACCUCCUCGGUAUCUCGGACAAGGAGUUCAUGAAGUCCGUUCUGGCUCCCAAAGUCCGUGCCGGUCGCGAGUGGGUCACGUACCCGCGAUCCAAGAAGCAGGCUGAGGACGAGCUGGGCGCGCUGUCAAAGUUCAUGUUUGAGCGCACCUUCGGUGGUAUGGUCAGCCGCAUCAACAAAGCUCUUGAUCGCCCCAAUGCCAAGUCCUACGAGCAGCUGCUCAUCAACUUCACCAACGAGAAGCUGCAGCAGUUCUUCAACUUCCACAUGUUCACCCUUGAGCAGGAGGAAUACACCCGCGAGGGUAUCAAGUGGGAUUAUGUCAACUUUGGUCUCGACCUUCAGCCGACGAUCGAGCUCAUUGAGAGUGCUCAGCAGCCGGUCGGUAUCAUGUCCAUGCUCGACGAGGAGUGCAUCAUGCCACGAGCUACAGACAUCACCUUCAACGACAAGGUACAGGCUCUGUGGGAGCCGCCCAAGGGUAGCACGCAGGGUCCUCACCCCGGCAGCGCCAAGUUCAAGGCGACCCGCUUCAGCCGUGGUUUCGUCAUCAAGCACUACGCCGGCGACGUCGAGUACGUCACCGAGGGCUGGCUGCAGAAGAACAAGGACCCGAUCAACGAUGCGACGGCCCGUCUCGCGUCGCAGUCGACCGUUCCUGCCAUCAAGACGAUGUUCCACGAGUACGCCGAGGACGCCACGACCGCGACCGCCGGCAAGCGCGUCAAGCGUGGUGCUUUCCGCACCGUCGGCCAGCGCCACAAGGAGCAGCUGAACCAGCUCAUGAGCCAGCUUGCCAGCACGCAGCCUCACUUCGUCCGCUGUAUCGUCCCGAACUCCGAGAAGAAGCCGGGUAAGGUCGAGGUCAAUCUCGUGCUCGACCAGCUCCGCUGCAACGGUGUCAUCGAAGGCAUCCGUAUUGCGCGUCUCGGAUACCCGAACCGUCUGUCGUUCGCCGAGUUCCGCCAGCGCUACGAGGUCUUAGUGCCCGGCGUUGUCCCGCAAGGCUACAUGGACGGUCGUAAGGCGGCUGGUCUCAUUGCUGAGGCACUCGAGCUCGACCCCGACUUCUACGCCAUCGGUGCCACCAAGAUCUUUUUCAAGGCUGGCAUCCUUGCCGAGCUUGAGGAGCGUCGCGACAACCUGCUGACCGACAUUUUCCGUCGCUUCCAGUCCGCCGCGCGCAUGCACAUCUGCCGUCGACGCAUCAACAAGCUGAUCAACCGCGCGCAGGCUGUGCGCGCCAUCCAGCGUAACGCUCGAGCCUACAUCUCUCUUCGCGACUGGCCGUGGUGGUCGCUCUACGUCAAGGUCCGCCCGCUGCUCGCUGCUACCAAGGUCGACGACGAACUUUCCGUCAAGCGUGCGGAGCUUGCUAUGAUCAAGGAGCGAGCUGAGCGUGACGAGGCCGAGAAGAAGCGCCUUGAGGAGCUGAAGAUCGCUCUCCUCUCCGAGAAGGAGAAAGUCGAGGCCGACCUGCUCGCCGAGCGCGACCUCGCCGUCGAGAAGGACGAGAUGCUGAAGCGCGCCAAGGAGCACGAAGCGCAGCUCCAGGAGCGCGUCGCUGAGCUUGAAGCUGAGCUGGAGAAGGUCGAGACUGCCCGUAGCGAGGUCAGCGCGACCGGCGAGAAGCAACGGGACGCUCUCACCAAGCUGCAGCACAAGCACGACCAGCUCGCGCAGCAGAUCAGCAUGCUCGAGAAGAAUGAGCUGUCGUGGCGCAACCGCGAGGCUGAACUUCUCCGCACCGCCAAGGACAGGACUGCCGCCCACACCAAGCUCGAAAACGACAAGCUCGCCGUCGAGCGUCAGCUCGAGGACCUCCGCCGAGACAUUGGUACCAAGGACGAAGCGACACGACGAGCCGCCGACAAGAAGGCGUCUGAGAUCUCUGAGCUCCAGAAGCUGCUUGCUGAGGAGAAGAAGAAGGUCGAGAUGCACACGACCAAGGCUGAGUCGCUUCAGAAGGAUCUGCAGUCUCGCGAUGUCGCGUCCAAGGACCUGCAGGAGAUGAUCAAGGCCCAUGAGGCGACGCUCAUGGCCAAGUCGCAGGCUAUUGCGGACCUCGAGGGCAAGCACAGCGCCUCUGUCAAGGCGCAUGAGGCGACCGAGUCUGCCCGAGCCGCUCUGCAGACCAAGGCCGAGUCGCUUGCUUCUGAAAUCGCCGCCCGCGACCGCCAGAUUCAAAAGGACGCUGCUGAGCGCGCCACGCUCGAGAAGUCGCUCGACGAGCUCCGCAAGGUUAUGGACGCCAAGGCAAACGAGGACGUCAAGCGUCGCGAAGUUGAGAAGAGCCGUGAGGCGGAGAUGGCUAGCCUGCGUCAGCAGGUCGCGUCUCUGCACCAGUCGCAGGAGAAGCAGCGCGAGAACGCAAUUGCCCUCGCCAACAAGCUGCGCGUCGACAUUGAUGCCCUGCGUCAGCGCCACUCGACUGCCGAGAAGAACCUCGCCGCCUCCAACGACGCUCUCAAGGCCAAGACAUCCGAGGCCAAGAAGCUUGAGGCCGCUGCCGAUGCGGCGCACAAGGCGAAGCGCGCCAUCGAGACGGACCUGGAGCAGCUCAAGGCGCGCCUGCGCGCGACCGAGGGCAGCCUGAACGGCGCCAACUCGGAGGUCAAGAACCUCCAGGCGCGUCUGAAGGAGAAGGACCAGAAGUUUGCCGACCUCGAGGACGCCCUGUUACCGCUCGAGCACGAGCGGCAGGUCCUCCGGAAGCGUCUGGACGAGACGUCGACGCACCUGGCCAAGGAGAUUGCCACCCGCCAAGCGCUUGAGAAGUCCCUCUCUGAGCACCAAGAGGAGAUCGCCAACCACCGCAACGAGCUCACGCAGUUCGAGCGCGAACUCGCCCAGGCCGCCGCGGACAUCAAGGCGCGCGACGACGAGGUUGCCUUAAUGCGCAGCCGGGAGAACAAGACGAUCGUGGAGCACGUGCACGUCCUCGAGUCGGCGAAGAAGAUGACGGACCGCCAGCUCGUGGAGCAGGUCAGCGAGAACAAGAAGCUGAACCAGAUCCUGAAGAGCAUGGAAACACACCGGAACCGUCUCCAGGCUGACCUCGAGGAUCUGCAGCGUUCGCACGACAUGCUGAAGAAGGAGCGGAGUCGCGAGGCGCGUGCCGGUCGCGCCUCCCUCGGGCCGGCAGACGUCACCUCUGCCGUGCUCGAAGAGGAACGCAAGGCGCGCGCGGCGGCCGAGGCCAAGGCAGCCUCCCUCGAGCGCGACCUCGCCGACAUCAAGCGGCGCCAGUCCACGGCCCCUCUCAACCCUCUGUCGCCAAAACGCUCCGUCUCCUCCAGCUCCGAGGGCAAACUCGCCCGGGCGCUGGACGAGAUCACGCGGCUGCAGAAGAGCCUCGACGCCGUCUCGCACGAAAAUAGGCGUCUCGGCUCCGAACUCGCGUCAAGUCGGCAGAAGAACGACCUCCUGCAGCAGCUGCAGCAGAGCCACGACGCGCUCGGUCGAGACAUGAGCGACCAGCUGAAGCGGCUCGACUCGAGUGCUCUGGGCGGACCGAGGCGGCAGGCCAAUGGCCACGGCCAUGGACACGCGCAGCAGGCGAGCAUGGGCAGCAAACCGGCCUUUAUCCGCUAG